AGCAUAAGAUAUAAUGCCUUCGGUGCCCUCUAAGCUUCUCCUUUUGGUUCCUUCUCUGACUCCUUGUCAUUCCGGUUUGUCUUCUUAUCGUCUUAAACCUCUUGAAAAGUCUGAUUGGCGUGGUAAUCUUAGUUAACAUCUCUCUUUCUCCUUCUCCUUCUUCUUCUUCUUCUGCCUCCUCCUCUCUUCUCUCUCUUUUCAUCGAAAGACAAAAACUUUACUUGAUCUUUGGUGUGCUCGAUUCGCAAACCCACGAAGUUACGACUACUAGUUUGAAUAUUUAGUUGGAUAUGAGCUCUGUUUCGGGUAAAGAUUCAGACUUUGAGAUCUCGGCUUCUUCGAGUCCGCGUUUAACGCAGCAUGUUGGAUCUGAAGAUUCUCUGGAACCCGAUGGAGAUGAAACUGGUUUUAUAAACCAAACUGUGAAUGAAGAAUCAGCUACCAAAUCCACUUUAGGUUCUUUACCUCUCAAGUCUUCAGAUGAUGAAGACGAGGAUGAGAACCUUACUACUGCUCCGGUUGUUCUCAUCCCUGCUAUAAAAGGCAGCCGGGAGAAGCAUGGCUUGACACUGAAGAAGACGAGUGUUUCAUGGGCGGCUGACGUGUAUGAUCCUCCUCCCUCCAUAGCCUCCCACACAAGAAACAAGAAACAGCAGCAGAAAUCAAAGAGCAAAGAUAGCCACAGGAAGAACGGAAAGAAAGGACAGAAGAGCAAAGACAACUCUAAUUCCUCUCGUAGUGGCAAGGACAACAAGAAGCAAGCUUCUCGCAAACACAGUCGCGAGAAGUUUGAUUGGGUUACUCAGAUGCCUAUCGUUGCUGCAUCUUCUUGAAUGGCACUGGCUGUUAAUAAUGACCAAGGCACAUCUUCACACAUCAAUGAGAUGUGCUCUCCCUCUUUGUCUAAUAAAUAAUCACUUCACUUUGUGUGUGUGUGUUCUCUUUCUUAUGUGUAAUGGUUGAUCCUAAGUACUUGUUGUGAAGAACUCAAUGAAGCUUUGUUAUUUGAAAUGAUGUUUUGUUAUUUGAA